GACGUUCAAAUAACUUAAAAAGGAUAUGUGUGUGACUAUAAUCGAUAUUUGAGCUCUGAGCAGAGAUUUGAGUUGAGGAUGUGCAGACUGAAUUCCUAUUGGUUUAAUGAACGAGGUGACAUAAAAGGUUUUUUCCACGUAGUAUAGGCAAAAACCUCCCCUCUAUAAAGGACGCAGCGCAGACAUCGUUGACAGGACUGCGUACUGGUGACAAGUGUAUCCCACGUGAAGUACUGGAAUCAUCGAGGUGACCCACUACAAUACAUUAACAUGAGUGAGAAACAAGGAUCUGGAGCCAUGAGUGGUAACAGCAAACCUGUUGGACAAGAUGUCUCUAAAAAGGAUGCCCAUCAGGAGGAAUUUGCAGACAUUGACAUGAAAGCACCGGAGACGGAGAAGGCUGCUGUGGCCAUCCAAUCACAGUUCAGGAAGUUCCAGAGCAAGAAAAAGCAGGAAGUGAAGUCCUAGAGCGGGUGGAACAGGGCGGGCAUUUAUGUCUUCCAUAGACUGGUACUGCACUAGUUGGAGGCUUAGUCUUGCAUGUCAAUCAAACCACAUUGUUAUGAACUCUACCGGGUCUGGGUUCAAGGAUGAAGGGGUCAGUGAUGUCUUUGUGAAAUAUGUAGCGUAUUGAUUGCUAUAUGCAUCAAAUAUGGUGUAUGUUCUGAAUAUAUGUUGAUCUUUCCUAUAAUUUUGCUAUAUCAGUUUUUUAUUGAUAAUGUAAAACUACUGCACUCUAUUUUCCAGUUGCUGUGGCAAUCCAAAUCCUUUGUAGAAACGUCAUGUCCCAUGUCAUGUACACUGUAAUAUACCCAUUUGAACAGUAAAGUAGCUUAAAAGCUAUUAAGACUACCACCCUCAGGUGAAACAUGUAGCCAAAUCUAUUGCAAAAAAUAUAUGGUGAAAAUCUUCUGUAUUAUAUUCAGACAAGGCAUCAUACAUUUUUCCUGGGUGUUUUCACACGUUACAGCUUAUCUUGUUUGAUAUCCCUUUAGUGCAGCACCCAUAGGCUUUCAUACCUUAUGACUGAAGUAUCUCGGUUUAAAUCAGUGGCUAACAUUUUCUCUCAGAUAACUCUCUUAAACCUGGCUGAACUAAAUCUAGACCUUGUUCUAUUAUUCACUUGAGAAUUGUGCGUUAUUUCUUCCUACCCUUCAAUCCUACAACAUAAAUGUUAAUAUAUAGUGUUUUUGUUUUCUGUUAGACUUAAGUUUUAUUAUUUUUGCUAUGAUUGUGUUUCUGUUGUUAUAUUUUGUGGAUGUUAUUUUAAUCCCUUUUGUGUCCUUUAAGUUAUUGUUCAAACCCAAACAAGUGUCAUAUACUUAACAAUACUACAUCACACAGUAGACACCCUCAAAGAAACAUACUUAAUAAAUAUCCAAAACAGGUAAA